UUUCAACGAUACUGCGAUUCUGACAAUCCGAAUAUUAUUGGGCCUGAAGGCAGUCAACAAUUCUUCCAAGAUCUAGAUUUAUCAAUAGAGAGUGUUAUGGUGAUCGCUCUUGCUUGGAAAAUGAAUAUGAGCACGAUGGGAUACAUAACAAAGGAUGAAUGGAUCUUGUAUUUUCUCGGAAAAAAGGUAGCUUCUGUAUUGUGGACAAUGCUGCUUUCGGAACAGUAUCCUUUGGUGAACCACUUUAGACAUCCCCUCAUGCAGGAAAAGAAACCUGUACGCGUUAUCAAUCGCGAUCAAUGGCUUAAUUUUUAUGAAUUUGUAACUACAGUAUCUGACGGCUUACAAGACUAUGAUGAAACUUCAGCUUGGCCUGUGUUAUUUGAUGAAUUUGUUGAAUGGAAACGUGAAAAACAAAGCUUUUAA